AUGCAUUAUGCAUUAUACAAAUUUCCUUUACUUCGUAACUUGAACUUGGGUCGCGUAAAAUACCAAAAUUCCUAUUCACCUUUUGGUAAUAUACAACCUUUUGUUUGUGAAUCAACUCAGCCUACAUCUUUAAAUGAUAUGACAUUUGUACCUGGACCAGAAAAGCCUAGUACAUGGUGGCCUCAUCAACCGUUAAUUCCUGGACGUCGUGUAGUAAAAUUAUAUCCUGUUCGUUUUCGAAAUAAACUUCGUAUUGCACUAGUCAGAGAAGGAUGUUCCAACAGACCUUUCUUUACCAUACAGAUUAAAUCUAACUUAGCUGAAUCGAAAAAGAAUGGUAUUGAACAAGUCGGUUCAUGGGAUCCAUUACCUAAUAUUCAUGGAGAACAAUUGAUUGCAUUAAAUUUUGAACGUAUCUCCUACUGGAUUGGUAUGGGAGCUGAACCAACUGUUCGUGUAGCUGAAUUAUUAGGAUUAUGUGGAUUUUUACCAAUACAUCCAAGAUCUUAUUUAAUGGCACAUAGAGCUCGUAUUGCAAUGAUGAAAUAUUUAGAAAGACAAAAACAAAAACAGAAUGAACAGGUUACUGAUGAAAUCACAUUGAAAAGUGUCGAAAUAAACGAAGGUGAAAGAAUAGUGGAUAAUCAAAAAGAUGACACUAAAGAAGUGGAUGUCGAUUUACGUGUUGAUUCAAUAUGGCGUAGAGGAAAUGAACCACCACACUGGUGGUAUUAUGGUUUACGCUAA